ACUCAUUCAGAAAUAUCAUUUUCAAAAUUCACUAACCUCUAAUUUGUAUGCAAAAAAAUGUUAAUCACGACUUUUCUGAAAAUUUCUAAAAAAAAUCCUGCAACUGAUAAUAUUGGAAUGAAGAUGACAUAACGUUACAAAAUUAAUUGAAACGGUAUUAGAGGAAUAUUUUUUGUUAGCAAUAAAAUAUAAACUUAAAAAAGAAACAAGUCUGCAUAUAUUUUUCAAGUAAAUUACAAAAGCAUGGAGGAAAACGAAGACGAACCUGAGGAUGUUAGAUUGGCCACCCCCGUUGAAGAUGAAAUUAAGAAAGCAGAUGAGCCAGAAGAGCCGGUUAAAGAACAUUUUAAUGUGCCAAAAAAAAAAAUUAAAGAUGAUGCGAAAAAGAGGAAGGUAAAAUUGACGACAUCACAGAAAAGAGAUGAGGAUGAAGAUUGUUGUACCAAUAAAAAAAUAAUAAUAAAAGACAGAGAAGUGAAAUGGAGUACUAUUCAUAUUUUUGAUAAAGAGUGCCAACUUCUGAAACCGAGUACCAUACCACGACACUGUUUAUCAAAGAAAGAACAUCUUAAUAUGCUUGCAACUCCAAGUCGAAAAUGUGAACCUCAAUGUUUGAAAAAACCUGUAACCCGAAAAUUAAAACCGAUCUCUCCUCGAAUUGCGGAACUUGCUAGGCCUCCAAUACAGCGCAUACUAAGAACUAUCGAAGAUCGAGGAGAUGCGCUAGCUCCAGAAUUAUUGGAUAAUUUGAUCAAUAUGGUCGAGGCCGUAGCUUCAUUGAAUCCAGAACAGGCAGCGCAGUUAUUCCAUGACAAGAAAAUUCGCUCAACCAAGAAAUGUAAGGAAAAAAAAGGAAAAAUAAAAUGUCGACUGAAAAAAGAAAUAGAAAAGAGAAAAGUGGAAGGCGAUUAUCCACGAUUUGACCCCCAGGCAGUUUGUUGUCAAUACCUAAUAGCAGAACGAUUCGUGAAAAGUAUUCUGGAUUGGAAAUGCCCGAUACCAAGAGAAGAAUAUCGAGACAUAGCAGAUGUGAUUCUCAGACGUUUAAGUUUGAUCAUAGAGUAUACACCAAUUGAUCAUGGAGAUCGUAAAUCACAACAAAUGAGAUUUCUGGCAGAUGUGAUAUCAUGUUGGAUUUCUGGAGUCCUUUUGGAAGUUGCAGAGGAUCAUAAAAAAGAAUUAGAAGAAGAGUGUGUAAGAAGGAAGCAAGCAGAGGAAGAAGAGACUGAAGAGGAAGAAGAAGAAGAAGAAGAAGAAGAAGAUAGUGAAGAAGAAACAGAAAGCACCUUAUCUGCGAAGUCAGAUGAAGAGAGUGAAGAUGAUAAAGAAGACAAGGAGAAAGAUGAGAAUAAGAAAGAUGAAGGAAAUCAGAAAAAGAAAUCUGAACGGGAUAGUUCGGCUCAAACUGAGGAGCAGAAUGUGAUUGAAGAGGGAGAAGCUGAGGGAGAAGUGAUGUCAGAAAAUGAAAAAGCUGAAGAAGAAGAGACUGAAAGGAGAAAUGCAGAAGAAGAGGCUGAAAGUCAAACAUUUGAGGAAGAAGCAGUUGAGAAUGAAAUAUUAGAGGAGGCAGAGAUUGCGAAUAAAAGAGCAGAAGAAGAGGAGCUUGCAAGGAAACAGGUUGAAAAGGAGACUGAAAUGAAAAUAUUAGAAGAUAAAGAGGCUGAGAAGACAGGAUUAGAGGAGGCAGAGAUUGAGAGGAAAAUAGUAGAAGAGGCAGCUGAAGCAAAAAGAAUAGAAGAAGCUGAAAACGCAAGACUAGAAGAAGAGCAAGCUAAAAUAAAGAAACUAGAAGAAAAGGCUGAGAAGAUAAGACUCGAAGAAGAAGCUGAGAAGAUAAGAGCAGAAAAAGAAGCUGAGAAUAUAAGAGCAGAAAAAGAAGCUGAGAAGAUAAGAGCAGAAAAAGAAGCUGAGAAGAUGAGAGCAGAAAAAGAAGCUGAGAAGAUAAGAGCAGAAAAAGAAGCUGAGAAGAUAAGAGCAGAAAAAGAAGCUGAGAAGAUAAGAGUAGAAAAAGAAGCUAAGAAUAUACGCAUAGAAGAGAAGGCUGAACAAAAAAAGCUAGAAGAAGCAGCUGAAAAGAAGAACAAAGAAAAAGAAGCUGAAGCAAAAAGAAUAGAAGCAUUAAAAGAAGGAGAAGUGCAAGAGGUCGAUCAAUCUACAACAACUAAAGAAAUUGAUUUAAUAACCCCAGCAGAGGAGAAGCCCAUACCUGAAACAAAAGAGUUCAUUCCUAUAGAGACUUGUCCUCCAAUUAAAGUCUUCCAAUCAGAUCUACCUUUUGUCACCUUUAUACAAAUAUGCAAUACACUCUACAGCAUGAUUGAAAAUAAAAAAGAAAAUACUGGACAAGAUCCAGUUAUAAAUCGUCUGCAUCGGUCAGUUUAUGAAAUUUUCCACAAUGCAGUGUUGACUGAAAAUCCGACCUCACUGACUGAGAAUGCUAAAGACGUGAUUGAUGUAAUGGCUGGGAAGAUUGCAACUUGGCUUAGCAAAGUUCUGACUGAGUCUCAGAUUCUUCUUUUAGAGAAAUAUCCUCCUGAAGCUGAAUCGAAAGAAGUUCGACAUUGGUCUAAUUGGAUUCACCAUACCACAGAAACAGCUGGAAAUUGGUCACUUUGGUUGCAAAAGCUUAUUGAAGAGGUUAAAAAAAUGCAAGAUAAUAAAGUUACUCGUGGUCAAUGGGAGGAUUUCACGCUGAGUCUUAAUAAAAAUGCUAUUCUUUGGAGAAGAUUUCAUUUGGAAACCCUUCAUAAGGCUCAUCAUAAUAUUAUCAUGCUUAAGGAUAGAGAAGUGGUUAAAACUGGAGAGAAGAAAACUCCCAAUUAUCCGGAAACCGAACUAAAUGCGUUUGAUCUUGAAUGAUAAGCUGUUAGUGAUUGUUUAUUUAGUGAAUGCGCAUUUAGUGGGAAACUUACAAAUUUAUAGUAGAAGUGCAACUUUGUGAACAAAUACACUUUUUCUUAUGAAAAUUAAAUUCCUAAUUGGUUUUUCACGCAAUAAUAUAAAGUUUAAUAAGUAUUUCAAUCC